AUGUCCAACUGGGAACUGGAGCGCAGACGGAGUUUCUCGUCCAUGCUGGGCACCGUGGAGAAGAACAUGGGCGCCAGCAGUCCCCUGGGCUUUGACGAUGGUGAUCAGGGUAGUCUGACUAGCACGGGAAGUAGGUUUAACCUGGGGCCUCAUACGGACCAUCUGUCCACUACCAGCAGCCAG